CAGCCAACUUCACUUCAACGCGUCGGUGUAUAAGAUUCGGGCCAUUUAUUUAUUCGCAACGAAUGCGAAUGCAAAAGCGAAUAUUGUGGUUAAAUUGUGCGCGCACGGUGCUAGUAAACGUUGUGACUUGACUUUGGUGACAAUUUCAGAGCGAGUGCGAUUUGCCAGAGAGCGCGGUUUGGCAUUUAAUCCCCCAUAUUCUUUUUUUCGCAUCGCCAGCUUUUCAGCGGUGCGUUGGUGUGAGUGAGCGUGUGUUUCUGCCGCCAAUCCAAAGUUGAAGCGGAAAAAUGGAUGUGGCGAAGCUGGAGAAGAUGAAGGUGGUGGACCUUCGAAACGAGCUUCAGUCGCGUGGCCUGGACACCAAGGGAGUCAAGGCAGUGCUCGUGGAGCGCCUGAGGGCAUAUGUGGAAGGAGGAGCCGGCGACGGAGAUAAUGCGCCGGUCACACCGAGCCGCCGUCAGCGCCGCACGCGCUCCAUGUCCCGCUCUCCAUCGCCGGUACAAGCUGCUCCGGUGGCCGCGGAACCCGUGCUCGAUACCCUGGAAGAGGAAGAGCAGCCAGAGGAGAAGCCAGCACCUGAGCACGAACAGGAACCUGAGCCAGAACCAGAGCCAGAACCGGAACCAGAAGCAAGUGAGCCGGAGGAAGCUGAACCAGUAGCGGAGGCAGAGGACACAUCCACAGACCAGGCGGCAAAUCAGGAGUCAGAGCCACAGGUCGACGAGUCAGAUGAGAAAUCAGAAGCAGGCGACAAGGAGGAUGUGGUCGAACAGGAAGCCCCAGCCGCCGCUCCACGAGAUGAAUUGGUCGAUGAACCCAUGGAGGAAGACCAAGGUGUUGCUACAGAGGAGCAGGAACAGGAGCAGACACAAGCCAACGAGGCAAAUGAGGAGAAAGAAGGCGAAGCCACAGUGGCUAAGCCUCAGUCCAAUGGUGACAGCCAGAAAAUGGACGUCGACGAAGAGGAGUCGGCCGCCCCGAAAGCGGAGGGAGAUGCCGAGGCCGCAGCCAAGUCAGGGGAUCAGCCCCAGGAGCGCCGCAAGCGUUCGCACAGUCGUUCGCGAUCCCGCUCGCGCAGUGGCUCUCGUUCCCCCAAGCAUCGCAGCAGUGUGGGCGACAGACGGGACUCAAAGGCAGCCGCCGAGGAGCGCACAGUUCCCGAGGACGAACCCACUAUCGAGGAGAACAAAGUGGGAUUGAGCUGGCUGGAUUCUGACUUGCAUUUACGCAUUGAUCCGACCACGUUUGCCUCUGCUAAACCUCUUUCUUCGGAGAUCUACUCGCUGAUUUGGUCCGGAGCUCGCGCUAAUUACGGAGUGCGCGAAGGCAAAGUGUGCUUUGAAGUGCGCCUGGCUGAGGAGUCGGUCCCUGAGAACUCGCACUACUUCAAGGAUGAGCCGCAUGUACGGGGCUUUCGGGUGGGCUUCUCUGUGGCCCAGAGCACUCUUUUGCUGGGCGAGGACAAACAUUCGUUUGGCUACUGCGAGACCGGGCGAAAGGCCAAUCAGGGCGAGUUUUCCGACUACGGCAAACCUUAUAAGCUGGAUGACGUUAUCGGCUGUUAUAUGGAUCUGGAGAGUGAGCCUUGCACCAUUAAUUACACUCUCAACGGAGAGGAUCUCGGUGUAGCGUUCGAGUUUGAGAAGAGUAUUCUGGGCGAGGAUGGAGCCCUAUUUCCGCACAUUGUAACCAAGGGCUACGAAUAUUCGGUGAAUUUCUCAGACACCGAGCAGCUGUUGGUCAAUGCCGAGAGGCCAACGCGCAAGCGCCGCAAGCCGCGCAAAGACGAAGAUAAGGACAAGGACGACGACAAGGAUGAUAACGACGGCGAAAAGUGGAAGGUAUUGGACGAAGCCACGGCUGACGACGAUGAGGUGGAGAAAAAGGAAGAAGACGGCAAGGCGUCUUCGGAUAAAGACGAAGAGGAAGGCGAAAAACCAGAAAAUGCCAAAGAGGAUGAGUCGGCCGCGACAGCUGAGACAAAAGCCGAGGCUGAAGUGCAGGAUUCUUCUGAAACUUCUAAGCCGGAGCCAGAAGCUACCGAGUCUUCGGAAACUGUUGAGACCUCUACUGAAACCUCUGAAGAGAAGGCAGCUGUGGCCAAUGGUGAUGCAUCUGCAGAAAAAGCCAACGAUGAAAAGCAACCUGAGGAGAAGAAGCCCUCUGACGCCAAUGACGAAGAGGAUGAGGACGGCCCGUCGCCAAACAAGCGCCCCAAGACCGACGAAGAUUCAGAAAAAGCUGAAUCUGAGAAGGAGAAGGAAAAGUCGCAGACGACCGAGGAUGAAUAUGAGGAUGUCGUGCCCGAGCCAAGGGAAACGGCUGCCCUGUUAGAAGGCUAUGUACUGAUUGGUCUGGUGCCUGUCGAACAGCUUGUUCCCGGUCCACAACGCGCAGGUUCUCGCAAGGAGUGCGAAGUCAUUCUGCUGGUCGGUUUACCCGGGUCUGGAAAAACCCAUUGGGCCCUUAAGCAUGUGGCCGAGAACGCCGACAAACGUUACGAGUUCAUUGGACCCGAUUCAUUCAUUUCUAAGAUGACGAUCGAUGGAGCCUCCCGAAAGACCGUGCACAAAGGCCGUUGGGACAAGGUAUACGAGAUAUGCUUGAACAGCCUGGCGGCUCUGGAAGAUAUUGCCAUGAAGCGGCGUCGCAAUUUCAUACUAGAUCAGACCAAUGUAUAUGCCUCGGCCCAGCGACGUAAAAUGAAGGGUUUUAACGACUUCAAGCGCAUUGCGGUUGUUUGCAUACCCAGCGAAGAUGAAUUGAAACGUCGCAUCGCCGAAAAAGAGGAAAAGGGAAAUGCUUUUACAGUUAAAGAAUCAACAAUUAAUAACUUACGAGCCAACUUCACACUUCCCUCGCUGGAGUUUGGCUGGUUUGAUGACAUAAACUACACGGAGCUAACCGGAGACGAGGCCAAGAGCGAGGUCAAGAAGUACAACGAGAAGGGAAAGAAGGCCAUCGACGCGGAAAGGUCCCGCGACAAGAGGUCUCGGGGAGGGCGCGACAACUAUCGUCGUGACGACCGGAACCGGAAUCGUUACAACGAUGACCGACGACGCGAAUAUGGUGGCCAGCGACACGAAAGUAGGUGGAGCGAUUCGAGGCGGGGAGGCGGCGGCGGUGGCUACUCCAGCAACAGUGGAGGCGGAGGAGGCGGCAGCCGUGGUUAUGACAAUCGCCGCAGCUACAACAGCGGAAGCGGUGGCCAGCAAAAUUGGGUGCAAAACAGUCGCAGGAGCGGCUACGACGAUCGCGGCUAUGGCGGCGGCGGUGGUGGAAGCGGUAGUCGUGGCUACGACAAUCGCAACCGCGGAUACGCCGGUGGCAGCGGCGGCGGCGGUGGUGGUGGUCAGCAAAACUGGAUGCAGAACAACCGCAGAAGUGGGUAUGACGAUCGAGCCUACGGGAGCUCGCGAGACUACCGCGAUCGAGACCGCGGCAACGACCGCAGUCGGAUGGGAAGUAAUGACCGCAACAGGGGCAGCAGCCAGAGCAGCUAUCGCUCGGGAGGUGGUACUCAUCAACAACGGGAUUUUCGGCCUGGCCACCGCGACACCAAAGAAGAUAGUCGCGGUGGCUAUGAGCGGUCAGCUGGUCAAGCGCUGCCCAAGUACGGCAAUAACACCGGUGCCGGCGGAGGCUACGAUCAGUACAAGCAGCAGGCGGGUGGAACACCCGGCGGAGGCAAGGCCUCUCUUGGCGGCAAGUGGAGCACGUACACCCAACACCAUCAGCAGCAACAGGCGCCGCAGCAUCAGCAAACGGGCGUCUGGCAGACUCAGCAGCAGUCACAACAGUACCAACAGCCUCAGCAAGCGGCGGCGGGCCAACAACAAUAUUGGGCCUAUAAUCAAAUGCAGGGUUACGGAAACCAACAGGCCUGGCAGAGUGCCGAUCCGCAGCAGCAACAGCAGUGGAUGUCCUGGUGGCAGCAACAGCAACAGGGCUCUGGCGGAGCAGCGGCCGGUAAUGCCAGUGGCGGAGCGAGCGUCAAUGUCGGAGGCGCCGCAGGGAAUAAUGAUGGCGGUGCCACCAACCAUUAUUGGUCUCAAUAUUCGUACUCCACACAAUCCAAUGCGGGCGCCGACAAGAAGUAGAAUGCAUUGUGCAACCCUGUUCCACCAGUCAAGACCCCUCUACAUUGUCGCGGAAGGAGUAAAACCACAAAUCUGAACUAAACUUUAUAAAAUAGUUUUAAAAGAUUAACAAACAGUAAAAACAAAAUUAACUUAGUUUAGCCAGUUUGGGCUAGUCCGAACCAAACAACUACGAGGUCAAUCCCUCAAUCAAAAUUCUUACCCAACCCACAGAAGAAAUGUGUACCAUGAAGACUAGCUAUUUCAUUAUAAAUUAAACCUGCAUAAUGUUUUGCUUUUCAUUUUCCACAAA